AUGAAUAACUCAGCAUCUGGCAGAAACUCUUCGCAUCCGCCGGCGAAUGGUGGGGAAGCCGCACGCAAUACACGGGGUACUAGCGUUGCUGAGAGGAUCAAACAGCUAUGGGAUUCUGAUCGCGCUCUCCGAAAGCCGCUCCAGAGCCUUACGCAGAGCACGACUCCAUCUUCUGCAGGAGAUAUUGAUCCACCAGCGCCACCGAAUGUGUCGGAUAUUGUCUCGCCUCUUCGCACACGUAUAGAUAAGGGCCCUACAAGCACCAUAGAAAGUGGAGAAUAUUUGUCUACGCCUGUUCCGUUUGUGGCACCCCAAGCUCUACAUUACAAUGUUGAACAGAUAGCGUCCAUUCCAGAGGUGCUUGAGUCAAAUAUGCAAACUGAGCCCGCUGAGACCGCCGAGUCAAAUGUAUCCAGCACUCAAGAGCAGGAUCCCGAUGCUGUGGAGCAAGAGGUUCACGUUUUGAAUCUCAGUGAAAUGGAGUUUGCCAUUCCACUUUCUAUGGACUGUCGAGUGAAAGAUGAAUAUGAUAAUACCCUCGAAGGUGAAAGCAAGUAUGUCGAGAAAUUUUUAGAAGGAUCGCCGGAUUCUAGUGAAAUUGGGCCUUCGGAGGGAGAUAACCAAGCCCUUCUUCUAAGGAUGGCGACUAUGAUUGAGAAACUUGACAAUAUUACAACUCAUCCGGAUAUUAAUAUAGUCAACCAAGCACCUGGAGCUUCUCCAGAUGCCGCAAAGGAGGCGCUGUGGGCUGAGUACUCGAGCUCAAAAUUCCAAUACCUUGGUUACUUCAUGGACGCCUCGAAGGAACUUGACUUGCAUAUAAUUCUAAUGGCUAAACCCGGGCGAACUGUUGAUGUAGUAAAACGCUAUCUACUAGGGAAAAAGUUCAGUCAACACCCCUUGCCGGAAAACGAAGAAGGCGGUUGCCCGGCUGUUUUCAGCAAAGAGAAUAUGAGUUUUGAAGUACGCUCGACAGCCGAGGAACGAGAAAUACCAUCCGCCAAACCACUUUGCCUUAUUAUAGCCCUGGACAGUUCCUUCAACAUCGAUCGGGAGCUACAGGACGAUGCCCUUGGGGUUCAGGAAAACGCCGAGGAAACCCUAUUCUAUGUCAUGGAGAACCCUGCUUCGAGAUCGUGGAAACUGCCUUUGAUGGAAGCUCUGGAAAUUGAAGCAGAGGAUGAAAGUCCCCCUUCUGGGCCUGAUCCAAUGUCUUCGAUUGCCUCCUCGCGGCAAAAGAGAUGGCUGGAGGGCGAGAUGAGUGAUAGUACCAAUCCGUCAAAACGCCAGAGAAUCACGCCAAUUCAAGAUAUCACACAAAUUAGUGAUUCCAUGAAGGACCAAACACAAACGGAGCAGGAUAGCAACCUUUCGGCAGCUACAGUUCAUCGGAAGCCGUCAGCCACCACAGCCGAAACUGAAAGUCUGCGUGCCGCUCUAACUAGCUUGAGAUCCAAAGUAAAGACAUUAGAGGCUAGCAUCGGUGCACUUCAAUAUCGUUAUGAAGCGAAACAUAACCAAUUGCAUGAAACCCGACAUGAACUCGAUGUGGAACGUGAGACUAUGAAAAAAUCACAAGCAAAGUUUGAGCGCCAGAAAGAAGAAAUCUCGAAAAUAAAAGACCGGAAUGUGGAAUUAGUCACAGAGUUAGAAGCAGCGCGGGACACUAUCAAAUCUGGUGGCGGGUUAGAAUCAGAUCUAGAGAAAUCUAGAGAGGAAGUCAGGAACCUCCAAAAGACAAUGGCGAGCCUUGAGCGUACCGUUCAACAGGAACGAUCGCAAACCGAAUAUACCCGACAACAAUACCAAAAUGCCUCCACAUCAGCAGCACAAUCAGCAAUGGAGGCCCGCCAGCUGGAGGAACGAGUUAAAGAUCUUACAAAGAAAGCAAACGGUGAAGCCGCGAGGCUCAAGGAGCUUAGGAUAAAAGAAGAUGAGCAAAAGCAUCUAGCUCGUAUCAAAGAACUAGAGGUCUUGCUUGCGUCGAGAGAGGCCCUCUUAACGAAGAAGGAGGAGGAGAUUCGUGAAAUGAAAAAGAAUCGCCCUUCCACCAGGGCUACAAGCAUGCAACCCCGAAGCCCAAAGUACGGUACAAGCCGGCCUUCUAGCCCUGGACCCAACCACGUAGGCUCGGCUGUUCGGGGAAGUGCCCUCAAAUUUCGUGCUGAAAUAUAG